GGUACCUAGUGAUGGACUAUUCGAGCAAAGAUCCACCACCUCCUACUUACGAUGCUAGUUAUGGUGGUUACCCACCCCAGGCAGGUGGUUACCCACCCCAGGCAGGUGCCUACCCACCCCAGGGUGGCGCCCCCCCUCAAGCAGCUCCGUACCCCCCUCAAGGAGCCGCCUACCCACCCCAGCAAGCUGCCUACCCUCCGCAAUACGCCCCUCCUGGUCCCGCCUACCCUCCUACAGGAGGCUCCUACCCUGCCCCUCAAGCAGGGAAGGACCAUGUAGCAGUAGAUGUGGGAUAUAGUUCAGGUAAUACAGAUGAUGAUAUGAUCCGGGUAGGUAACCGAGGACUAUCUGAUCCUGACAUCAGACGAGGUUUCAUCAGGAAGGUCUACAUCAUCCUGUGCAUGCAGUUCGGAGUUACUGUAGCAACCAUACUACUCAUGCAGAAGUUUGUGGGUAACCUGCGUGAGAACUGGGACGCGGGAACCUCUCAGAAGGUGUUCAUAUCAAUGUGGGUGUGUCUGGUUGUCUUUAUUGUGAUUGAGAUAGUGCUAGUGUGCUGUGAUAGUGUGAGGAGGAAACACCCCCUCAAUAUUAUCCUGCUCUUCAUCUUCACUCUGGCUAUGUCAGGGUUUGUGGGCUGCAUUACCCUCUACUACCGCGUUGAUGCAGUUCUCAUCGCCGCGGGCUCCACCUGCAUAAUUACACUGGGUCUCACUUUGUUUGCUUGCCAGACCAAGGUAGACUUCACCAGCAAGGGAGCCUACAUUUUCGCUAUCUUCAUGGUCUUCAUCUGCUUCGGCUUCUUCAUGAUCUUCUUCCACAGUCGGGUCCUGCAGGUGGUGUACGGAUGUAUUGGAGUCCUGAUCUUCAGUAUGUUCCUUGUCUACGAUACUCAGAUGCUGAUUGGGGGGAGAAAGUACGAGCUGACAGAGGAGGAGUACGUGUUCGGGGCCCUCACUAUCUACAUUGAUGUUAUCCAGAUCUUCCUCUAUCUCUUAUCUAUCUUGGGUAAUGAGUGAAUCAGCUUCAUUGGAGAUGGAAGUGUUAAAUGUUAUUUUUAGUAUAGACUUGUUUUUUCAAUGACUUCACAGUGCAACAUUAGUUUGAAACUUCAAAGGUAUUAAAUUUUCAUAGCAUUAUCCCCUAUUUAAAUCAUCACGUGAUUUAAAAUUAUUGAUUUCCAGAGUUCAAAGUCUCAGAUUUGUUUGAAGAGUUAGAUGUACAUAUAAUCUUGAAUGCAUAGUUGAACUGAAUUGUUGAUGAUUGAAACUCAAGAAUUUUCCCCGAGGAGUUUUUCAGAAUGAUUGUUUAAUAACUUUAUCACAAUUAAGAAAUAAAUUUGAUU